UAGACAGCUUACGAUUUGUCAAGCUGACAAGGCAUUGAAGUGGCACAGUUUCUUGUGUCAGUGAAAUUCUCGUCAUAAAAGUUCAACAUGAAGUCACACACCAGACUGAAGUGAGGAAUAUUGCUUACCUAUGACAUUGCCAGAAAAAUUAUCACUGGCUGCGGUUAUAAUCCUUACUUUUAUCAUUGCAUACACCUGGAGCCUUCCUGGACCUGAUAUACAGACGAAAUGGAGUAGAUCUUAUAGAAGACUGAAAAAAGCUGCCCAACUGGUUCUGCUAGAGAAGCUAAAAUCAUCAAGUAGCUUGUCACCAAUGCUGAGGGAUGUUCUGUCUUUGGUUCAUAUUAUAGUGAAAUGCUUACCAUCGUGAAUAAUCUUUUAUAAGGGGAAAAAUUUAUGGAUUUGCAAUAUCAAUAAAUUAGCUUUUUUGACAGUAA